UUAUCGAAACCGCAACAAGAAAACGAAACAGAGAGAAGCUCUCUUACCCAAUCCCAUGGCCUUCUUCUUCGAGUGUUUCUUCCUCUCCCUCUCCAUAAUCCUCCUCUUUUUCUGGUCAAAAACUCGUCACCGGCGAGCCACGUCGCUGCCCACCAACUGGCCGGUGGUGGGAAUGGUCCCGAGUCUCGUCCUCAACAUCCACAGACUCCACGACUACGCAACUGAGCUGGCAGCCCAAUCCGGCGGCACUUUCCAGUGGAAAGGCCCCCUGUUCUGCAACAUGGACAUGCUCCUCACCACCAAUCCCGCCAACAUUCACCACAUCUUCAGCCGCAACUUCUCCAACUACCCCAAAGGCCCCGAGUUCAACAAGAUCUUCGACAUCCUCGGCGACGGCAUCUUCAACGCCGACUUCCAAAUCUGGGAGCUCCACCGCCGCACCACCCUCUCCUUCUUCACCCACCCCGACUUCUACCCCUUGCUCCAGAGCACCAUCUCCCACAAGAUCCAACAUGACCUUCUCCCUGUCCUUGACCAUUUCUCCCAAGCUGGAACGGACCUCGAUUUGCAGGAUGUUUUCCAGCGAUUCACUUUCGACGGCAUUUGCAAGCUGGUCUUAGACCACGACCCGCGAAGCUUGUGUUUGGAUAUGCCUCUUGUCGCGUGCGAGAAGGCCUUCAACGACGCGGUUGAUGCUCUGCUCUACCGCCACCUUCUCCCUGAGGGCGUGUGGCGGCUGCAGAAGCGGCUCGGGAUUGGGAAGGAGAGGAAGCUCAAAGAAGCUUCUAGAGCCUUCGAUGACUUCAUCUACCCUUGCGUGGAAAGAGCAGAGGAGGAACUGGAUCGCUUCAGCCUGUUAGCAUCAUUCAAGAAGGAGUUCCAGCACAUGACUAAUCAAAAUUCGAAGAAAUUCUUGAGGGAUACAGCGUUGAAUUUGAUGCUUGCUGGCAGAGACACCACUGGCGCGACUCUCACGUGGUUUUUCUGGCUAAUUGCUCGCCACCCUUCUUCGGAGGCGAAGAUCCGGGAAGAAAUCGACAACUGUGGAGGACAAGUCGAUGUUCAAAAUUCGCGGGGGAUGGUCUAUUUACAUGGGGCUCUGUGCGAGACGCUCCGGCUGUACCCUCCGGUGGCAUUGGAGCAUAAGGCUCCGAUGCGACCGGAUAUUCUGCCGUGUGGGAAGCACCUGGAAGAGAAUGCGAAAGUGAUCAUCUCAUUCUACACGGUGGGGAGAAUGGAGAGUGUGUGGGGGAAAGACUGCCUUGAAUUUAAGCCGGAGAGGUGGAUUUCUCCGAGCGGGAAGAUCAAACACGAGGCGUCGUAUAAGUUUCCGGCGUUCAACGCGGGGCCGAGGACGUGCUUGGGGAAGGAGAUGGCGUUUAUACAGAUGAAGAUGGUGGCGGCAGCGAUCUUGCAACGCUACCACGUGAAGCUUGUGGAGGGUCAUGUAGUUUCACCUCGUAACUCUGUCAUACUUCAAACAGAACAUGGUUUGAAGGUGACUUUGUCGAAGAUCACAUAUUAAUCUCUUACUAUCUCAGUUUGUCUAUGUUGCUUGACUAUUCUGUUUUGAAAUCCAUUGUUUAUGAGAGUAUUAAUAAAUAAUAAGUACUUAAAAUCUGUGUAAAGGACUUAGCACCCUCUCCAACCAAUGCCCAAAAGGGAAACCGGGGAAAUGCAAUGUGACCAUGAGACUUAGCUCAGUUGAUAAAUAUUUUUCGUUUAAUUAAUACUCCCUUCGUCCGC